CGAUAAAAACCAGAGCAAAAAAUGAUGACCAGUUUGAUUCUCAACCCUGUGAAAGACUUGAAGCCAUACAAGACGAAAUGAAGAUCUCAAGUGAAAUUGCUCCAUUCUUGGCAACAAAGAACUUCUUACGCUGGAGAGACUCUUCACAUGGUUCUAACCGAUGAACAUGGUGUAAAGAUUCAUGCUACAUGCAAAAGGGAGCACAUCAAAAGUGUUCAGCGUAAACUUCCUCUAGGGAAAUGGUGUUUUCUAACUACGUUUUCGGUCUCCCAAGCAUCAGGCCAAUAUAGGCCAACGAGUCAUCCUUACAAGAUGACAAUCGGUGAUGAAACUGUUAUAACACCUUCUGGCCUAAUGGAAGAUAGCAUCUUCUUGGAUCUUGCCAGAUUCGAAGAUAUCUUGGAUGGGACCUUAAAGCCCCACUUCCUUAUUGAUGUGAUGGGGAAAAUCGUGAGUCUUAAACCAGUUAAAACCGUGCAAGUGAAAGGACAGGAUCGGAAGGUUGUACAGUUUCGUUUGGCUGACUCAAGUGGUAAUGAACUUGCAUGCUGUUUGUGGGGGAAAUAUGCUGAGCAAUUGGAGGUUUAUGAUGAACGUGAACAACCACUGAUCUGUUUGAUCAGGUUUGCUAAGAUUUGUUUCUACCAAGGUGAGGUGCAAGUAACAAAUGCAUUUGAUGCAUCCAUUGUUUAUCUUGAUCCAACUAUGGAAGAGGCAGUGCAGUUCAAAGAAAAGCUGAUGGAAGACAACCUCCCUCUUGCUGUUAUUGAGAAAAGAAAUGUAAAAAGAGAGGUCGUUUUAAAAGAAGAUGAUUGGAACGACUUUGAGAUCAAGAUGAUUUCUGAACUCUUUGUUGCGCAUCAGAUUCAUCACUGCAAAAUAAUUUGUUCAAUUGAAGCUGUUGACACUGAUUGGUCAUGGUUUUACUUUGGCCAUAAAGGUUGCAAACAUAAGGCUAUUAAAAUUGGUAAUGGUGAAAAACAACUUUGGCGUUGUGGAAAAUGCCAAGUUAACAUCACUGAAGUGGUGCCUGUAUUCAAGCUUCAUUUGAUUGUGAGGGAUGACACAGAAACAUGUAAGUUGAUAUUGCUUAACACUGUUGCUACAACCAUUGUUGGACAUGAUGAUGUUGAUCUGUGGGAUGGCUCCUAUGAGGAGAUUGAAAAUCCAGAGCUCCUACCAGAACCUAUCAAAGAGUUAGUUGGAAGAUCCUUUUGUUUUGGCAUUUCUGUGUGCUCUGACAAUGUGACUAAUGGGGCAGACACGUUUAAAGUUCUCCAGGUCUGGUCUGGAGAUAAAUUUCUCAAAGCUGAAUCCCAGUCGGACCCAACCUCAAUGAUUGGCACAUCAUCUUCUUCAAUCUCUUCUGUUGAUGUGCUCAUGUUGGAAGAUAACAGUCCGAAUGAAUCAGAAGAAUGCAAAACACCUUUCCCAAAACGCAAGGAAGGAGAUGCUGAUCUCCCAGACAUAAGUUCUACAUCAAAAAAGUUGUGCACUUCAGUCAAAGUUGAAAAGGAGAAGGAAGUCUAAGUCUGCAGCGACUGAAGUUUGAGUUUUUAAGUUGUUUUAUCUAAAUUUUUGAUAAUUAUGUUGGUUUUCUUUUGUUUUCUGCGGAAACAUUUAUGUAUUUUUCUAUUGUUUUGUUUGAUUCGAUUUGGGUGAUUUGAAUAAGAUGCGUUUUC